AUGACCACCCGUCACCAUAACUGGUCAUCAUUUCCUCCGUCCACGGUCAAGGUUUUUCACAUGGACGGAAGACUGCAAGAGUUCACUCAAACCAUCAAGGCUUCUCACCUCCUCUCCCAGGACCCUAACUGCUUCUUAUGCAACUCAGAGUCCAUGUUCAUCGACUCCAUAGUCCCCAAAAUCAACGAAGAAGAAGACCUCUGCUUGGGCCAGCUCUAUUUCCUCUUGCCUCUCUCCAUGUCCCAAGUCCCGCUCUCUUUGCGAGAGCUCUGCAUUCUAGCCGUCAAGGCCAGCACGGCGCUCAAUAGCAGCUCGAGUUUGAGGAGGAGGAAGGAUGCAGCUUUGUCGGGGGCGAGUCACUGGAGAUGGUGUCGAGCUCCAACCGGGUUCGACGCCACGAGAUUGGCCUUGGGUGAGAGCAGUCGAAAGAUUUGA